AUGAAACUUAGUACAAAAGUUUGUGGAUUCCUCCUUGUAAAUGAGCUUUCGACGGAGCUCGCGCUUACACUCCUCCACAUACACCAUACGAAUCGCCUCCAAUGGCUAGAAAGCUUCGCACUACCGCCCGGUAUCACUGACAGCCUCCAACUACCGCCCGGUCACACUGACAGCCUCCAACUACCGCCCGGUCACACUGACAGUCUCCAACUACCGCCCGGUAACAGCGACAGUUUCCAACUACCGCCCGAUAACAUUGACAGCUUCCAACUACCGCCCGGUGACAUUGACAGCUUCCAACUACCGCCCGGUAACAGCGACAGUCUCCAACUGUCGCCCGGUCACUCAGACAACCUCCAACUAUCGCCCAGUAUCACCGACAAUCUCCAACUACCGCCCGGUAACACUAACAUCUUCCAACUUUCGCCCGGUAACACUGACAGCCUCCAACUGCCGCCCUGUGACACCGACAGUCUCCAACUACUGCCCGGUAGCACUGACAGUCUCCAACUACCGCCCAGUGUCAAUGACAGUCUCCAACUACCGCCCAGUGUCAACGACAGUCUCCAACUACCGCCCGGUCACUCCGACAGUCUCCAACUACCGCCCUGUAACACGACAACUUCUAACUUCCGCCAGGUAUCACUGACAACAUCCAACUACCGCCCGGUAACACUGACAGCUUCCAACUACCGCCCGGUAUCACUGACAGCCUCCAACUACCGCCCAGUAUCACUGACAACCUCCAACUACCGCCCGGUAACACUGACAGCCUCCAACUACCGCCCGGUAUCACUGACAGCCUCCAACUACCGCCCGGUAACACUGACAGCCUCCAACAACCGCCCGGUAACACUGAUAGUCUCCAACUACCGCCCGGUAACACUGACAGUCUCCAACUACCGCCCAGUGUCAAUGACAGUCUCCAACUACCGCCCGGUAACACUGACAGCCUCCAACAACCGCCCGGUAACACUGACAGUCUCCAACUACCGCCCGGUAUCACUGACAACAUCCAACUACCGCCCGGUAACACUGACAGCUUCCAACUACCGCCCGGUAUCACUGACAGCCUCCAACUACCGCCCGGUAACACUGACAGCCUCCAACUACCGCCCGGUAUCACUGACAGCCUCCAACUACCGCCCGGUAACACUGACAGCCUCCAACAACCGUCCGGUAACACUGACAGUCUCCAACUACCGCCCGGUAACACUGACAGUCUCCAACUACCGCCCAGUGUCAAUGACAGUCUCCAACUACCGCCCGGUAACACUGACAGCCUCCAACUACCGCCCGGUAUCACUGACAGCCUCCAACUACCGCCCGGUAACACUGACAGCCUCCAACAACCGCCCGGUAACACUGACAGUCUCCAACUACCGCCCGGUAUCACCGACAGCCUCCAACUACCGCCCGGUCACUCCAACAGUUUCCAACUACCGCCCGGUAACACUGAUAGCUUCCAACUUUCGCCCGGUAACACUGACAGCCUCCAACUACCACCCGGUGACACCGACAGUCUCCAACUACCGCCCGGUAGCACUGACAGUCUCCAACUACCGCCCAGUGUCAAUGACAGUCUCCAACUACCGCCCAGUGUCAACGACAGUCUCCAACUACCGCCCGGUCACUUCGACAGUCUCCAACUACCGCCCGGUAACACUGACAGCUUCCAACUAUCGCCCAGUAACACUGACAGCCUCCAACUACCGCCCGGUAACACUGACAGCUUCCAACUACCGCCCGGUAUCACUGACAGCCUCCAACUACCGCCCAGUAACACUGACAGCCUCCAACUACCGCCCGGUAACACUGACAACUUCCAACUACCGCCCGGUAACACUGACAGCCUCCAACUACCGCCCAGUGUCGCCGACAUCUGUCUGCUUUUAA